GACCAGCUUCUAGACUCUUCCUCAACUUUUCUCAUUUCUCACGGUCCGCGUUUCCCCAGCUUCGAUAUAUCACCGGACUUCCCCACUUUGUCCGAUUUCUUUUCUUAUUGUUUUUAUUUAUUAGUAUUUGUUUCUGUAACUAUUCAGCUUCGACUUUCCCCUUGAUGGCGUCAACCCCAACCGAGAGAGUGGCGGAUCAAUCGUCGCCACCGAGUCUCGAAGAGCUCGCCAGGAGGAGUGCCAGAACCAUACUACUCCCUUUCAUCAUCGGCUACUCCUCCUCCGCCGCGCCGUCUGAUCGACCGCGUGAAAUUGCCAUCAUCGUAAACCCUCGUACCGGAUCCUUAACUGUGAUCGAAGGUUCUGUUGAUAUCGAAUCACUUCUCCUCGGAAAAGAGGGGCGCGUGCCGGCAUCAAAGGCUUCAAUAGAAGCCAUGCCACUGGUGAAAGUGGCGGAAGGGGGUUUGGAUUGUGCGAUUUGUUUGGCCGAGCUUGAAGUCGGCGAGGAAGCCAAACAGAUGCCGUGUAAACAUCACUAUCAUGCGGGUUGCAUUGAUAAGUGGUUGGGAAUUCAAGGAUCUUGCCCUGUUUGUAGAUAUCGCAUGCCGGUGGAGCAGGACGAGAAGAUUAACAAUGGAGAAGGUGGCGGUGAUGAUAGCGAUGGGGAGGCGGAGGAUGAUGGUGAGGAGGAGGAGGAACAAGAGGAAGGUGGCAGCGGUAUGAAUGGAAGGAUGCCGGCUUUUGUUUUUCACAUUUACUUUGCUCCGCGUCGCCGGAGCAAUCAAGACUCUGGCGGAGCAAUUGAGGCCGAUGAUGAUAAUUCGGCUUCAACGGGAGAUGUGGACGGGUCCUCAACUGAAGAUAUGGAGGUUGAUGGCAGGACAUCAUCACCAGAAAUGGAUAUAGACCAGAGCACCUCAUAGGCUUUCUUUCAUUUUUUCUUUGUUUUUUUGUUUUUAAGAAAAUUCAUUCAAUUUGCUCUAGGGUUGUUUUGGUGAAAUUGCACUGUAAAUAUGGAUACCAUCUAUAGUCUAAUUAAAUUUUAAGUUACUUUUUUCUA